GCAUGUGGGAUCCUCCCGGACUGGGGCACGAACCCGUGUCCCCUGCAUCGGCAGGCACACUCCCAACCACUGCGCCACCAGGGAAGCCCUCUCUGAAUGUUUUUUUAAUAACUUCCUGUUUUUGUUCAUGGCUGCAAUAUUAUCUCAUCUCUUUAAGGAUAUAAUUAAUGAUUGUUUAAGUUCUUAUCUCCCUGAAUUAUCUCCAUUUUAUUCAAGUCGCUUUUUUCUGUUUAUAGGUCUAUAUAGUUAAAGGGCUUCAUCAGAUGUCUUACAAUCUUUAGCUGUUGCUUAUACUUCAGAGUGGUCUCUAAAAAGCUGAUUGGAAACUCUCUGUGCCUGAGGCUUGCCAGCUCUGAACCUCACUAAGGGUUAUUUUGCUAGGAUGUUUGAUUGGGUAAGGCCUGUAGGUAGUACCUUGCGUGUGUGUGUGUGUGUGUGUGUGUGUUUUUUUUUUCUUGGGUUCAUCACAUUCACUAUAUUAUACCCAUCUAGAGAGUAUAAUGUAAGCAAAGCUGCCAAUGUUCUGGGAGCCAAGUAAGGGAAAGGCUGGGAGGGGUAUUACAUAGCAUUUAGUAUAUUUUAAUUUAAUCCCUCUUGCUCUCAAACUUUGCUUGGUGUCUCCCAACCUGGAGACCUUUGGUUCUAUUAUUUUUUAAAUAUAUAUUACUUGAUAAAUGUUUAUUGAAUUAUUCAGGAAAUAACUGCUUUAGUCACACCUACAGUGAUAAGCCAGAAAUCAGACCAACUUUGUACACUGAGAAAAAUAUAGGCACUGGAAUUAAACAGACCUGGAUUCAAGUUCCAGUUUUGCCAUUAAUGAGUCAUAUGAAAUUGGAAUAUUUUUUCCCUUUAAACCAUUAUUUCUUCAUUGUAAAAAGAGGAUACUAUCUAAUUUAAAGGUUUAUUUUCAGAAAUAGAAGGAGCAUUAACAGGCAGAGCAUACUGCCUGACAAGUAUUCACUAAUCAAUAAAUGGUAGCUAUUUGGCUUUACAUAUUACUAUGGUUAACUUAUCUACGAUGGCAUAAGCACAGAAAAUUUUGUACCUGAAAUUAUUUGUGUUUUUGGAAGAACAUCACAACAUUUGGAAGAAUAUUUGUUGACUUCAAUUAAACAAAUGAUUAUUGGGUACCUGGAUUUUCUAAUAAUUACAAAGAUAAUGGAGAAACUCUCCCUGCUUAACAGAAGCUUACAGUUUCAGUAAGGAGAUGUGGACAUAAAUAACUGAAGUACCACAGACUGCACAGACUAUUAAUGACACAGGAUAAAAGAGAUCAUCUUCAAUUAUUUCGUGCUGGGGACAAAUUUGUUAACAGUGAAACCAUGUAGUCCAUGACCAAACUAAAUGUAUUAAACAAAAUUUUUCUUACUAAAAAUGCUUCUCCUGCUUUGUUUUCUCCCCUCUUCCUUUCCUCUUUCCUCCUUCCUUCCCUCCUUCCCUCCAUCCCUCUCUUCCUUCCUGCCUUCCAGUCUUCUUCCCUUCCCCUUCCUCCCUUCCUUCUGUUCUAUUCUUUCCAAAACUUACAUUUCCAGUUUUCUGCGAUGAUAAAGGAGUUCUGGGCACUUGGUUGCCCAGUUGGGGAGGGAUUCUUAGAGUAUGAUUCUUUUUUUUUUUUUUUUUUAGUAUUUUAUUUAUUUAGUUUUUGGCUGCGUCAGGUGUUAGAUGUGACACACCAGGAUCUUUGCGGCGCGGGCUCUUCGUUGCAGUGUGUGGGUUUCUCUCUAGCUGUGGCAUGCAGGCUCCAUAGCACAUAGGCUCUCUAGUUGUGGUGCACGGGCUUAGUUGCCCCGCGGCAUGUGGGAUCUUAGUUCCCCGAUCAGGGAUUGAACCGGCAUCCUCUGCAUUGCAAGAUGGAUUCUUUUUUUUUUUUUUUUAAGAUGUUGGGGGUAGGAGUUUAUUAAUUAAUUAAUUUAUUUUUGCUGUGUUGGGUCUUCGUUUCUGUGCAAGGGCUUUCUCUAGUUUUGGCAAGCGGGGGCCACUCUUCAUCGCGGUGCGCAGGCCUCUCACUAUCGCAGCCUCUCUUGUUGCAGAGCACAGGCUCCAGACGCGCAGGCUCAGUAGUUGUGGCUCACGGGCCUCGUUGCUCCGCGGCAUGUGGGAUCCUCCCAGACCAGGGCUCGAACCCGUGUCCCCUGCAUUAGCAGGCAGAUUCUGAACCACUGCGCCACCAGGGAAGCCCCGAGAUGGAUUCUUAACCACUGGAACACCAGAUUCCUGAAGGCAUGGGUUGGCCAGGACAGUGGUGACCCCCCAAUCCGGCAUGGACGACUGGAAGCCCAGCCCCCUCAUCAAGCCCUUUGGGGCUCGGAAAAAGCGGAGCUGGUAUCUUAUCUGGAAGUAUAAACUGACCAACCAGCGGGCCCUGCGGAGAUUCUGUCAGACAGGAGCUGUGCUUUUCCUACUGGUGACCGUCAUUGUCAACAUCAAGUUGAUCCUGGACACGCGGAGAGCAAUCAGCGAGGCCAAUGAAGACCCGGAGCCAGAAAAAGACUAUGAUGAGGCCUUGGGCCGACUGGAGUCCCCACGGCGCAGAGGCAGUGGUCCCCGACGGGUGCUGGAUGUGGAGGUAUACUCAAGCCGCAGCAAAGUGUACGUAGCAGUGGACGGCACUACGGUGCUGGAGGAUGAGGCCCGGGAGCAGGGCCGGGGCAUCCAUGUCAUCGUCCUCAACCAGGCCACGGGCCAUGUGAUGGCAAAGCGGGUGUUUGACACGUACUCGCCUCAUGAGGAUGAGGCCAUGGUGCUGUUCCUCAACAUGGUGGCACCUGGCCGAGUGCUCAUCUGCACCGUCAAGGAUGAGGGCUCCUUCCACCUCAAGGACACAGCCAAGGCUCUGCUGAGGAGCCUAGGCAGCCAGGCCGGCCCUGCCCUGGGCUGGAGGGACACCUGGGCCUUCGUGGGACGAAAAGGAGGUGCCAGGACCGUAGGCCAUCCGCCCUGUAGUCCUGUCCUCGGGGAGAAACAUUCUAAGUCACCUGCCCUCUCCUCCUGGGGGGAUCCAGUCCUACUGAAGACAGAUGUGCCUCUGAGCUCAGCUGAAGAAGCAGAGUGCCACUGGGCAGACACAGAGCUGAACCGUCGCCGCCACCGCUUCUGCAGCAAAGUCGAGGGCUAUGGGAGUGUGUGCAGCUGCAAGGACCCCACACCCAUCGAGUUCAGCCCUGACCCACUCCCAGACAACAAGGUCUUCAAUGUGCCUGUGGCUGUCAUUGCGGGGAACCGGCCCAAUUACCUGUACCGGAUGCUGCGCUCUCUACUCUCAGCCCAGGGGGUGUCUCCCCAGAUGAUAACAGUUUUCAUCGACGGCUACUAUGAGGUACCGCCUAGGCAAGGAUGGAAGGGGUGGACACCUGGCCCCACUGUCCACCCCAAAGCUCAUGUGCCCUAUUCCUACUCCCCACCCAGCACUACAAGGCCAGCCUCACUGCCACUUUCAACCUGUUUCCGGAAGCCAAGUUUGCUGUGGUUCUGGAGGAGGACCUGGACAUCGCUGUGGAUUUUUUCAGUUCUUCCAGCAUCACUGUGUGACUGGGUUUGUCCUUGCCCCUCCCUGAACCCCUGGACCCUGCCUCUCAGUUUCCUGAGCCAAUCCAUCCACCUGCUGGAGGAGGACGACAGCCUGUACUGUAUCUCUGCCUGGAAUGACCAGGGGUAUGAACACACAGCUGAGGACCCAGCACUGCUGUACCGCGUGGAGACCAUGCCUGGGCUGGGAUGGGUGCUCAGGAAGUCCUUGUACAAGGAGGAGCUUGAGCCCAAGUGGCCCACACCGGAAAAGCUCUGGGACUGGGAUAUGUGGAUGCGGAUGCCGGAGCAACGCCGAGGCCGAGAGUGCAUCAUCCCUGACAUUUCCCGAUCCUACCACUUUGGCAUCGUUGGCCUCAACAUGAAUGGCUACUUCCAUGAGGCCUACUUCAAGAAGCACAAGUUCAACACGGUUCCAGGUGUCCAGCUGAGGAACGUGGACAGUCUGAAGAAAGAAGCGUAUGAAGUGGAAGUUCACAGGCUGCUCAGUGAAGCUGAGGUUCUGGACCACAGCAAGAACCCUUGUGAAGACUCUUUCCUGCCAGACACGGAGGGCCACACCUAUGUGGCCUUUAUCCGAAUGGAGAAGGAUGAUGACUUCACCACCUGGACCCAGCUUGCCAAGUGCCUCCAUAUCUGGGACCUGGAUGUACGUGGCAACCACCGGGGCCUGUGGAGAUUGUUUAGGAAGAGGAACCACUUUCUGGUGGUGGGGGUCCCAGCCUCCCCCUACUCAAUGAAGAAGCCACCAUCAAUCACCCCAAUUUUCUUGGAGCCACCCCCAAAGGAGGAGGGAGCCCCAGGAGCUGCAGAACAGACAUGAGACCUCCUCCAGGACCCUGCAGGGCUGGGUACUGUGUACCCCCAGGCAGGCUAGCCCUUCACCCAAUCCUGUAGGAUUUUGUAGACACUCUCAGGGGCUGGGGCUGGUUUGUUUUUAACAUGAGACUUAAUUACUAACUCCCAGGGGAGGGUUCCCCUGCUCCAACAUCCCUGUUCCUGAGUUGGAGGUCUAUUUAUUUACUUCCUUGUCGGGAAAGGGCAGGAUAGUACCUGGGAAUCUUUGGGAUCCCUGGGCAGCUGAUCCUGCCCUUUGUAUACUCCCUCCUCCCAGGCCUGGCUCAGAAUCUAACCUAUUUAUUGACUGUCCUGAGGGCCUUGGAAACUGGCGGAAGCCUGUAGGGCCUUGAUUUUUUUUUUGGACUGGGGUGCUGCCCUGAGGGUGGGGCAGGCUCUUACUCAGGAAACUGCUGUGCCCAACCCAUGGACAGGCCCAGCAGGGGCCCACCUGCUGAUGCAGACUCACUCAGAGACCCUCAGACACUGAACCAGGCCUCUUUCAGCCUCCUCUUUGUCCAGAUUUCCAAAGCUGGAUGAGGUGGUCAUUGAUUAAAAAAGGAGAAAAGCUC